AUGUCCACCCUCAGCACCGCGCAGGCUGCCGCCCCCCCUCCUCUCAGGCUGGAGGUGAGAGCGCCCUCCCUUCUACCACGUCCCUACCUUCCCGGCCUUGGAUUACGCCACAGCUGGCAACAGGACUUUUUCAGGAGAAAACAGACAAGCCGGCGAGCGCGCCGCACACUCGACCUCCCAGCCUCGCAGGGGCGGCCGCCGGGCUCUAACCCGAACGCAGCGCUCCAGGGGCUGACAAGGAGGCCACGGGUUCCCGCUCCCUGGGGCAGAGACCCAAGGGUCUCGCGGAAUCCCAGUGCAGAAGUCCGGGUCCCGCCACCAGCAGCCUCCGCGCCCCCUCCGGCUCAGCUGCGAGCCUGCAGACGGCGCCCCCGGGGCAAACUCAGCGGGGGAAGAGGAAGCGACGCAGCGACUUCCAGUCUUAGCGACAGUAGUGUUAUGAAGAGGAUCGUCGGAGCCAGGUCUGCCCAUUAUAAGGUCUCCAGCCACUGGUUGAAGCAUCAGAGUGAGACUGCCUCAAAAAAAAAAAAACAGAGAGACACCGCCGUUUCCUGCUUCAAUAGUGCUUGGACAGAACCCGGCGCUCAUCCCCCACCCCGGCCGGCCGCCCAUAGCCAGCCCUCCCUCACCUCCUCACCGCGCCCUCAGACUGCCCCAAGGCCCCAGUCACCGCUCCAGCGCCGCACAGCCGCCGCCACGACGACCGCGUCCGUCUGGCAGGUGCAGCAGAACUACCACCAGGGCUCAGAAGCCGCCAUCAACCGCCAGAUCAACCUGGAGCUCUAUGCCUCUUACGUCUGCCUGUCAUAUCUUACUACUUUUGAUGAUGUAGCUUUGAAGAACUUUGCCAUCUUUCUUCAGCAAUCUCAUGGAGAGGGUGAACACGCUGACAAAGUGAUGAAGCUGCAGAACCAACGAAGUAGCCGAAUCUAAGAUAUCAAGAAACCAGACCACGAUGACUGGGAGAGCGGGCUGAAUGCAAUGGAGUGUGCAUUACGUUUGGAAAAAAAUGUCAAUCAGUCACUACUGGAACUGCACAAACUGGCCACUGACAAAAAUGGCCUCCAUUUGUGUGACUUCAUUGAGACACAUUACCUGAAUGAGCAGGUGAAAUCCAUCAAAGAAUUGGGUGACCACGUGACCAACUUUCGAACGAUGGGAGCACCCGCAUCUGGCUUGGCAGAGUAUCUCUUUGACAAGCACAUCCUGGGAGGCAAUGAUAAUGAAAGCUAAGUCUUAGGCUAAUUUCCCCAUAGUCAUAGGGUGACUUUCCUGGUCACCAAGGCAAUGCAUGCAUGUUGGGGUUUCCUUUACCUUUUCUGUAAGUUGUAUCAAAACAUCCACUUAAGUUCUUUGAUUUGUACCAUUCCUUCAAAUAAAGAAAUUUGGCACCCAG